AUGACAUGUAACGCUGCGCGUGAGGUGGGAGAUGAGGAUAUUGUGCACACCAGUGUUUCUAUACCCGCUCUGCAUGCCAUGAGAUGGUGGUGGUACCACGACCCGGAUGCAAUAAGAUUCUUCAACCGGUGCAUGGAGAGUGGCCACCCGGAGCUUCUGUUUCGGGAGACACUACGUGAGCUCUACAUGCAACGUAACCACGUCGUUGGGUUGGAAAUACUACAGAAUGCCGCAAGCAAGGGCCAUGAAGCUGUCAAGUAUGCACUAUCAAUGAUGUUGCUCCUUCGUAGGGACGACAAGGAGACAAAAAAGAAUGGAAUCAAACUAUUUCACGCGCUUGAUGCAGCUGGUUUACUCACCGUGUGUGAAGUAAGGGACACCCCUUCUCAGGUCACGAAGGAGGGUCUUCAAAAUUUGCGCCAGGCGGGGCUCUUAUGUGGUGGUGGUCCCAAGGAGGUGCUUCAUCAGGCUUAUGUUCCUGCUGCUCGGAAGCGCGUUUGCCAGAAGAAUUUGGCGGCUCCCCGUGUUGCCGAUUGGAUGUGGGUUUGUGAGCCCAUGUUCACGAUUCUGGGAGUUCGUUUACCCUUCUCCCCAUUCGUCAUGGGUUUGUUGAACCGCUGUGACAUUGCUCCAUCAUAA